AUGGCUACCAAAAGCUUUAUCUCUUUAAUCGCUCUGGCUGCUGGUGUUGAAGCGGGCGCCAUUAAGCAAAGGGCGACUUCUACACAGCCCGAUUGGUUCCAGACCUCUCCUGAUAACUAUGCUGGUAAGUACCGCUUCUGUGAUGCAACAACUGGCGCUGCUCCUUUCCUGGCUGCAACAAACGCUGCUCCCUUUGGCGAGCCAACUUACAUGCCCAAUGCCCCCUUGGAAACAUCAGAACCCAUCAGUGGAGCAAAUGGGAGGAACAUCUUCCAUCUUAUGGGUGAUUUGAGCCCCUACUUCUCUCCAAGUGAAGGAUUCGGAGUAAAGGAAUAUCCUCUACCCAAGGGCGCAAACAUCACCCACAUGCACAUGCUCCAACGCCAUGGCUCAAGAUAUCCCUCCUCAUCUGAAGGACUGGAUACAUGGGGCGCGGGCAUCCAAAAAGCUAUUGCAGACGGAGCCGCCUUCAAAGGCGAGCUCGAAUUCCUGAACGACUGGUCCUACCAGCUCGGCAAAGAGAUCCUCGUCCCAAUCGGCCGCCAAGAACUCUUCAACAGUGGCAUCCUAAACUACUACAACUACGGCCAUCUGUAUGACAACUCCUCUAAAAUCGUCGUGCGCACAACCCUCCAGCCACGAAUGCUCGAGAGUGCAGAGAACUUCCUCGCCGGAUUCUUCGGACUGGACUGGACCAAGAACGCCAACAUCCUGGCAACAAUUGAUCCAGCCACUACCGGCGAAUACGCCUGCGCCAACGAGGCUACCAGCAUGUUCGCCAACAUCGCCGAGCCAAUCAGUACCUGGCAAAAGACCUACCUGAAAGACCGCACGGAGAAACUCAAGAAACUGACCGGUAACUACAACUGGACCGUGACAGACACGUAUCACGCCCAAAGUCUGUGUCCCUAUGAGACCAUCAGCCUCGGCUACAGCGAGUUCUGCCAGCUAUUUAACUACGAAGAAUGGGAAGGAUUUGCCUACCUCAUGGACAUAGAGUUUGCCGGCCUUUCCGGCUUUUUGAGUCCCACCGGACGUGCGCAGGGUAUUGCCUGGGUUGAGGAAUUCCUUGCUCGCCUUGAGGGUCACUACGUCGAUGUCCCGACUAAGCUCACCGGUGCCAAUACGACAUUGGAUACCAACCCCGUCACCUUCCCGCUGAACCAGAGUCUUUAUCUGGAGUUCACACACGACGCCAACAUCGUCUCUGUCUUGACUGCGUUUGGUCUGACUCAGUUUGACGAUUCCUUGCCUGCUACCCAUCGCCCCAAGAAUCAGCAGUUCUCUGCGAGCAAGCUUGUUCCUUUUGCAGGCCGGUUGAAUAUUGAGAUUAUUACUGCGCCUCACCAGGUUUCGACCAAACGAUCCGGCAAGGCUGGAAAGAAGUCUACGGAGUAUGUUUCUGGGACGGGUGAGACGAAGUAUGUCCACUUCAUUCAGAAUCAGCGCACUAUUCCUCUUCACUCUAGUUUCUCUGCCUGUGAAUACCGUGAGGAUGGGUGGUGUGAAUUGUCGACUUUCUUGAAGGUGCAGAAGCAUAGUCUGGCCGAUGCGCAGUAUCCUUAUGCUUGUUCUGGAAAUUGGACCGUUGGAAGUUGGGGAUCUGUUAGAGAUGGGGUGCCUGCUUGA